AUCCCAACCUUCCGCCAUCCUGAGGCCAGUUGACAAGCCUCAGACAGCAAGGCAAAACCACCAAGCACUUCUUGGCAGCGUUUUAGCUGCACAUGUUGCUUGCUUGGCAAACUGCGGGUGUGUUCAUCACCGGUCGACGGGUAGAGGGUGAAAUGGUCGCCUUUGCAGAAAGGGGGCAAGUACCGACAGAAGCCGUUCUCGGGCAUGAACAAUACGUGAAGGUGUGGAUGCAAAUAAAAGCUCGUGGAGGGUAGCUGUUCUCGUUUAAUUUCUUCAUCCACACACUCUCUUCGCUACUUUCAGUCUACACAUUCUCUUUACCCCCUCCCCCUUCCGUCCGUUUAAUAUUUACCUUCUUUGCGACUUUGAUAGUCUGCUUCCGUCGUUCUUUGAAUCACUUAUACGUCUGUGACGUUCUUUAAACUACUCUCUUUAAUUCUUUGGUAUUAUUCAGACGGGCUUAACUUCUUCAUAAUGUCGUUCAAGAUUAUUGCUACUAUCACGCUUGCGACUGGUCUCGCUGCUGCAAAGCCCAUCAACGCCCCGCAAUCCCUCAACAACCUCCUGGGUCAGGGCUUCAACGGCGCCGUGGUAAACGGCAACAAAGGCAACGGCUUCAACUUCAUCGACGGCUUCAACAACUUCAACCAGCAGCAGCAAGUCCUCCAGAUCCAGGAGCAAAAUCUGCAAAUCUCCAACAACGGCUUCCAGCAGCAAGUCGUCCAGCAGGUACAGCAGGUCCUCGUCGUCGACCAGGUCAACAACGGCUUCAACAAUGACUUGAACAACCUGUUCCGCAAGAGCAACUUCCAGAACCGCUUCCAGGAUGUCAGCACCGUCAUGCUUGUCGUGCAGGAGAUUCAGAUCUCAGUCGACAACGGCGGCCGUGGUAAUGGCAACAACCGUAAUGGCAACGACCGUAACGACCGUAACGGCCGUGGCGGCAACAACAACAAUAAUAACAAUAACAACAACGUCUUCCAGGCAAACAUCUUCGCCCAGUCCGCCGUCGUAGCGAACCGCGGUGCGCGCCAAACGCAAACCAUCAUGGUCUUCGACAGCCGCACGCUCAUCGCGCAAGACGUGCUGCGCAACAACGCAUUCGGCAACAUUGGGCAAGUCGGCGGCAUCGCGGGCGCCACGGGCGUGUUGAACAACGCGCUCCCCACCAAGACGGCGGGCAUCCAGCUGUUCGGCGCGAAGCCGACGUGGAGCAGUGUGGCCGAGGACCCGGCUGCGUCGCUGGGCGGCAUCUGGCAGAGUGCGCUGGAGGAUCUGCAGAAGGGCGAGAAUGAUCAGCAGGAUAAUCAGCUCAAUGAGCGCGCGGCUGAGGAGGAGAAGAAGAAGUUGGAUGAGGCUGCUAAGGGGGAGAAUAAGGAUGCGCAGAAUAAGGAGGAGCAGCAGAAGCAGGAGCAGGAGCAGGAGCAAAAGAAGCAAGAGGAACAGAAGCAGGGUGAGCAGAACAAGGAUGAGCAGAAGGCCGAGCAGAACAAGGAUGCGCAGAACAACAACGAGGAGCAGAAGCAGGAGCAGCAGAAGGCCGACGAGCAGAAGCAGAACGAGCAAAAAGCCGAGGAGGCGAAGCAGAAUGAGCAAAAGGCCGAGGAGCAGAAGCAGGGUGAACAGAAAGCCGACGAGCAGAACAAGGACGAGCAGAACGCCGACGCCAACGCUCAAGAGAAGGAGCAACAGGCAGCCGCUGAAGUCGUUGCUGCGCCUGCACAGAAUGCCACUGCGAAAGCUUAGAGACGAUACGACCACGCUCCCUGCAGCUGGAGCAAUCCGUAUCCUAUCCCUCCCCUUCCUCUAGUUAAAAAAGCUGCAAGUACCAGUAUACCCAAGAGUGGUGCGAGUUCUUCUUUCCUUGUUCUGUUCGAGCUAGGCAGAUUGAUGAGACUUUGGAGUUUGGAGCGGGCGGGAUGAAGAUCGUCUUAGUGUUCGUUAGUAUUAGAAAGGCCAGUAGCAGCUCCUGAACUGGUUCGGAG